AUGCUUCACCAACCAUAUAUGAAACUUUUCCCCAUCUCCCUCCCGCCAGCGGACACGUUUGCAGGGCAGAGGGCUGUCGUGACUGGCGGGACGACGGGUCUGGGUCUCGCGGCGGCAGCACACCUGAUCAACCUUGGUGCAGCCGAGGUCAUCACAAGAGGGCGAAGCAAGGGUCGCGCGCGUGCUUUGGAGCUGGACAUGGAAGACUAUACCAGCAUUGUCGAAUUCGCCGCAAAAGUCAAGGACAUUGGCAAGGGGAGCGGCGGCGUCGACGUCGUCAUCCUCAACGCCGGUAUGAUUGGUGUCGAGCCCAGAGUCACGGCUAAUGGUUGGGAACAAAAUAUCCAGGUAAAUACGAUAUCAAGCAUUCUCCUCGCGACUCUUCUCCUGCCACACCUCAAGGCUCAGCGUGCCUCGAGGUCCUCACCGGCUCAUAUCACCCUUGUGAGCUCGGGUCGCUUUGCUGAACCGAACAUUGUCGACUGGCCCAAAUGGCAUGACGAGGGCAUUCUUGCCCACUUCAGCAAGCCCGAAAACUGGCCCGGCAGUCAGGGCAUGUAUCCAAUUACCAAGUUAUCAUUGCAGUAUGGCUUCCGGGAGCUCGCUGAGCUGGCCAGAGGACCUGACGGACGGCCGGAUGUCAUUAUGAACACAGUCUGCCCUGGAGCCGUCAAGACAGAUCUGAGUAGAGGGUAUGCCGAGAAUGGCGUAGCUUUUCGGGUCGCUCUUGGGAUCUUUUCUGCCGUGUUCGCCAAGUCCGCGGAAAACGGCGCAAGGGCGUACAUGGCUGCAGUGACAACAAAGGAGGAAGAGCAUGGCAAGAUGGUGCAAUUCUAUUGGAGCAACGCUCAGCUCGCGGCCCAAGAAGCCAAGAAUCUCGGAUCGGAAGCAGGACGUAGGCUGCAAAGUUGGGUGUGGGAUGAGAUUUGCAAGGAGAUGGUCAGCAAGGUGCCCGAGACCAAAGAAUUCCUGAAGGCCUAG